AUGGCUGCCGUUGCUGAAACUCCCCAACGACCUGCCACCCUCGCAGAUUGCUCCGACGACCACAUCACAAGUCGAAUCGUUCCUAUCCCGACUCCCAAGAUCCAGAUGACGGCCCCUUCACCCGGAGAGCCGAUGGAAAUCAGCUCUCCAACCAAGCCUUUUGCCAAGAUGGCCUCCAGCGCCGGCGCCAGCCCGACCUCCAGCGGCCCCGUCGCCCACAACGGUAUCGUGAACGCGAACGCCAGCGCCCACGCCCGUUCUACGAGCGCAGACGAUGCGAACGCCAAUGCCAACGGUGCCGCGCCGACAUCCACGCCGACCUCCAGCGAGAAGAAGCCCAUCCCAUCGGCCGACCAAUCUGCGCUAUCCAAUCCCUCUUCGAUGCCCGCGCCCCCUGCUGCCGCCGCGGCCGCCGUACAUCAGCCAAAGAUUGUCCAGACGGCAUUCAUACACAAGUUGUAUAAUAUGCUUGAGGAUCAAAGCAUCCAGCACCUGAUCUCAUGGUCACCCAGCGCCGAAAGCUUCGUUAUGUCUCCGACAGCAGAUUUCUCAAAAGUCUUGGCGUAUGAUGUCCUCACACCUCCCGACUUCCUCGCCGCGCAAUGA